AUGGCGCAACUUCUUAGCUGCGGAGCAGAUGCAAGUGUCACCAAUGCUGCAGGUGAGAACGCCCUGCACUUUCUGGGUAGUCUCGACGAGCAAGACGUUUACUCUGCAGCUCAUAUGCUGCUCGCUUCCGGGGCCGCUCCGGACGUAGAUGCCACAGCCUACACAGGAAACACACUCUUGCAGACGCGACCAACAGGUGGCGGGUGCCCCAAACUUCGAGCGGUUCUCUCAGACAAUCCACACGUCUUGCGAGUUUUAUUGGAGCUUCGCAAGCCUAAAACGCUGUCCUCUGGGAUUAUGGACAUGGGCUGUAACGGUGCUAGGAAUGCGCUCUUCUUUGCCAUUCGAGAAGGAAGGAGGGACGCUGUUCGCAUACUCGCAAUGUUCGAAACGUCUCGAGGUAAAUCACUAUUCGUGGAUUCACCAACCCUAUCGAAGAAACUAGAUGAAAGAGGACAACAAAUUAGAAACAUCCCUGCCAGGUACAGACUGGGCAAGAGAUUUCGAUUUCGAGAGAAUCCCCGACAUCUGUCUUCGAUCUCAUGUACGCCUCGAUCUUUCCUAACAACUUCUUCUGGGGAUUCAUAUGACAGCGAGAGCGACCAGGCAUAUGAUAAUAUCCCUGAACCAGUGCUAUCCAAGAAACAGCAACGGCGCAGAAUGAUUCACCGCCUCCGUGAUAUGCGGACUCCUCCGCCAAGCCCAUAUGGAUCAGAUAGCACAGAUUUUAGCUCUAGUGAUGAAGGCCCUGAGAAUAGCGAUACUGAAGAUAAUGGUGACAUACGCACUUCGACGGCGUGGACGGCGUGGAACGAUGCUCGCAAGGAAGAUGAGUGGAAGAAUCCCAGACCGGCUUUACCCGUGACAGUUGAUGGACCAACCGACCAUUACUAUCUAGGCGGCUAUGUGGAUGCGAUAUUGCUGUCCGUGUAUUACGGGAAACGGGCCAUAUUUUAUGACCUAAUUUCCGGGCCUGGAAGCAACACCAUGCGGACAGAAUCACCUUUUCUUUGCUACGCUUAUCACGAUUGGCGUGCCGUUUUCGAUUUAAAAUGUCGCAAUGAUUUUCGGGGGUAUUUUCCUCGGACAGCGUGGGAUUGCCCAGUUGUGGAUGUCAGAGGAGACCAAGAAAAGUUUGUCGAGUUCGACGGAAGAUUAUGCUACCCGUUGGCGUACAUGACGGCUAUCGCGAGAUCCGUGCAUCGCGACAUUUGCCUAGCUCACAUACUCCUCAUGGUCAUGAAGCAGGGCGAUAUACCGGAGCCUGUCGGCUGGACGGCGAAGAGUUGGUUUGAGGACAAAUGUCUUUCCCUGGACUCCUGCUCUGGCCAGUCGACUCCGCUCUUCCAUGCAGCCGCUCAUGGGUGGGAUGAGCUAUCUGUUCUUCUCUUGGACCACGGGGCAUUCCCGCAGAGCGCCUGCUUCUAUAACAGCUCCGGUAAGAUUAGGGCUAGUACCGUGCUUGCCCGACUAAUUGUUACCACAAAGAACGACGAAGGGAAAGUACAGAACCUUCUUGCUACCGCGGCGAGCCAAAGCACGGAGGUGAUAAUCACUGUACAGGAUGUUAAUGUCAUAAUUGGGCAGAACCUACAUGCAGGGGAGGAUAUCGUGUGGAAUCACGGCGUUCUAAGUUGGAAGUGCUCUUCCUUCUCGAAUGAAAAUAGUGAUGUGCGGCUCUGGCAAGCCGUCGCGGCUGCUAAUUCAUCGCAGAGGCAGAAGCUCCAGGACAUGAAGGCAGCGUCCUCCGCUCUACUGAUGGAGGCUGCUUGCCGCCGGCAUCUCUACGCAGUAGCUACCUUGCUGGAGAUUGGGACGAUGUACAUAAGGUCGACCGAUUGCGACGACAGCGGGCGCGCGCUCAAAGAGCGGGAUGUGAAGAUAUCAGCGCUGCUUCGAUCCUGGGGAGGUGUCCGAGGAGUUGAAUACACAGUUGAAUAUCAGCUACUCAUGAACAUUGUGCAUACAUUGAUCAUUCCGAUCGCUGGGACUGGUCUUCUAGUCUACACAUUAUACCCAAUUGCGCCAUUUAUUCCCGUCAGUUGGCGUCAAUCUUGGCGCCUAACAAAGCAAUGCACUACCGACGACGACUCAAGCGAGGUCUUGGAAACCAUCGUGUUCUUCACAGGCAAGCUCAUGGCCAUUUUUUGGGAGCUUGGCAUUGCCAUACCGGUUGCAUGUUAUAUUUUUAUGAACCCGCAAGCCCAUCGCCACGAGAAGGAAAUAAACAUCGCAGGAUACAUCAUGGCGCUCAUGAUCGCCGUGGGCAUUGGAGCGUUUUUCACCACAUCGCCUUGCCUCACCGGGAAGACAGAAACGCAUGCCAGAGAUGCAUUCUACUUUGGCUUGCUCUUCGAUGGAGUGUUAGGUUUAUUAAUCACCGUGGUAAUCAUAUCUGUUUGCUUUGUGGUUCAAGUCUUAUCUGGCUUCUGGCUCCUCCGCCCCCUCAAGUUGUUGGGGGCUAGCCUCCAAGGUGGCUGUCCUCCAACCAUAGUUUGGAGAGCGACAUAUUCUUCACUCUGGAAUCCGGCGACUGGAAUAAUGAAUACGCUCAUAAACUUUGUGGUGAAGUGGGAUCGACCCUGGGAGAUCGGCUCAUUCCACUUGAGCUGGAGAAGCAGAAUACAGCUUCAACUCAACAAUGACCUUGAGAAUUAUGUUGAGUCAAAUUCUCAAAUUUGGCCUGACGAGAUCGUAGAGAGUCACGGGAAUCAGGCACACCGUCCCCCGCAACGAUGCUACCUGCUACGGUCGUUUGGAUUGCUUGCGAGAAAGGUGCUAGGACAUAACUGUUCUGGUUUAUCUUCCGAUGGAUAUGACUGGACGACAAGUAAUGUUGAUUUCAUGAACAAUCAUUGCGGAGAGAGCGAUUUACAGUUGGACAGGUUGGAGGAGUAG